AUGGAGACCGAUCUCCCCAGCGCAAAGCCCAUUAGGGCACGACGGACUCAUCAGAAAUCGCGUCUAGGAUGCAGUCACUGCAAAAAGCGUCGCAUCAAGAUAUUGCGCCACAUGUUUUGUUUUUCUCAGCUGCGAUACGAUGACCUACCAUCCGAAACUAACUCGUUCCAGUGCGACGAGAAAAAACCAACCUGCUCCAACUGCUCAAAUCAUUUGAUUGAGUGCGCAUAUAAUGCUUCCCCGGGAUCAUCAGGAUCACAAUCACCAGGAAUCUCAGAGCCUCCCACUGGGCGACCACGUCCGAGUCGGUACCGACCUCAGCGAUAUGCGACAGGCGGACUCAGACAGACUUUCAAGCUAUCAAAAAGUCAGCCAUCGCAAACCACUCAAUCCACUGGGACUCAAUGUGAUCUCUCCUCGGGAUCGAUUGGCACCAUCUCUAUAGCCGAUCUACAACUCUUCCACCAUUACACCAUCGAGACAUACCGAACAAUGACAAACGAUGGCGAUCAGUAUCACAUAUGGCAAAAAUACCUCGUGGAAUGGGGUAUCGAGUUUCCAUCUAUAUUACACCUCAUCCUUGCUCUAUCAGCCCUCCACCUAGCACACGAGCAACCUAUCCUCCGAGUUCAAUACCUUCAACAAGCUGAUGACCACUUCACUUUUGGAAUCCGAUCAGUCACAAGUGUUCUCUCGCAACUCAAUGCCGAAAAUUGCCAAAAGGUCUACAUGUCCGCCAUCUUAAUAUGCUUCAUCUACUUCGGCAGAGGUCCACGGCCCAAAGAGUAUCUCAUCUUCAGCACCAGCGGGCCAGCCGAAUGGCUAACUCUCAUGCACGGAGUGCGAUUAAUCGUGCAAACACACCGUGCCAAAGUAUUUAGUGGGCUUCUCGAACCAAAGUCUAAUGAACAAAGUCAUGACCUGACAACGGAAAUGCGCAAUGAAUUACAUGAGCAUACGGUCCAUACCGAAGCGGUACAACGACUCGUUGAACGGGAUAUAUCCAACAAGGAAGAUCGGGGAAAGUACUUGGCUGCCAUUGAAAAUCUCCUCGAAAUCAUGCGUGGGGUUUAUGAGAGACGAUCUGCUGGCUCUUCUGGCGUGGACUUGAUGGAUCUCUUAAUCGGAUGGGUCUAUCGACUUUCCGAAGAGAUGGUUGGAUCUUUAGAGCGCAAGGAGCCGUAUGCCCUUGUAAUACUGGCGUACUGGGCUGUGCUGCUGAAGUAUAUGGACUCGGCGUGGUUCAUGAGCGGUUGGGCCGAACAUGUGCUCUCGGGAAUUUCUACGUGUUUGGACGAGGAGUUUUGUCCAUGGAUUGAGUGGCCAAUGAAACAGGUUUAUCAAACUCAGCUAGAAUAG